AUGGCUUCUAUUCGCUACUGUGUGCGACACCGAAUCGCAGCAUUCAUCUUUGCCUACGUGAUAUUCCUGAAUGGUUUGGUUGAAGGCGCUCCCGCUACAGAUAACAGUUUGGCUAGUGGAACAUCCCCGGCGGGAGGCAUUGCAUUCUAUGCCGAGAAUGCAGAUUUCUAUCGUAAGGUCACAGUUUUGGAAUCACUUGCGUGGCCUUGUCAGGAGUUUUGUGUUAGUUUGAAGAAACUAGUAGCCGAUAUACGCCUAUCUAAUGCUUCACCUGAAGAUAAGGAAGCAGAUGCAGAUGAGUGUGCUAAACUCAUAUAUGAUGUUGAACUUCUACGUAGUGCAAGUAUGGAUUACGCUGAACUGAGGAAGAUGGUAAAUGAAUACCGUGCCAUAACUAGAGGCCUAAAAAGGAAACAAGCAACGCCGGAAAGGUUGACUAAACUUAAAAACGCUUUGAAGAAUCUAGAAGAGCGAUUCAAAGCAAAAGAAAAUUUUGCAUCAACAACCUUAAACUACGAUAAUGCAUCGUAUUACAGAGACACCGCAAGACGGGCAAGAGAUAUAUUAAGAAAAUAUAAGGUGCAGACACCAACGUCGCCUGAUUCUCAUGAUCAAGGGUCAUCGGCGGAUAGAGGGGCGAAUGCAGCAGAACUCGAACCAGAUUUAGCGGGCGGUGCAGGAGGGCGCCAUAGUGGUGGAGGCGAAAAUGUCCAAGCGUCUGAUCCAGGCAAUGAAACGAUGCGGACAUUACUCAACGAUCGCUCAUUAUUAACAAGGUUAGAUACAGUUCAGACCGAAGCGGAGAAAAUAGAAGAGCUAUUACGUGCCUUUACAACGAAGAUACGGGAUACAAUUCCGGAGGACAUUCAAUAUAAUUACGACACGUAUUGUGAAGAAUUUAUACGGAUAAGGGGCGCAUGGGAUAUUUACAAACGCUACAACGACAUCAGUGAAACACUAAAAAGAAUCAGUCCGACGUCUCCUCAAGGAAUUGAAUUAAUAAGAGAGCAACAGAGGCUCGAACUAGCAUUAGAUGAGUACGCGUAUAUCGUAAAUAGCUUAUACCUGGGAGAGUUGGAGCGAGUGGUGUCGCACAUACUGUUUAGGUUGGGGCUAUUUGAAGACCACAGGAAUUAUACCGGACCUAAUCUCAAGGAUACCACAACAUCAGCAGAUGAAAACACGCCGCAGGAUAUCACGGGUGAAGGAGAAACCACAGGUGGUUUAUGCAGAACACAAGCUAGCUGUGGAAUUAUCAACAAUGUGCGGAACAAAAAGUAUGCUAAGGAGCCUUCGGGACUUGUGGCGAUGGGCACCAGGGUUAUUCAAACCAUGGUAGCACUUGGUACAAUGGUAGUUCUGUAA